UGGGAUGCAGCUCAAAGAGAAGUCUAGUAGCAGACAAUAAGUUGUGCUGUGGGAGAUUAAAAGGGUCUGACAGCAGGCCAGCACAUUAGGUAAGCAACCGUGAUUGACGAGAAACUUCUUUGGUUUCAGGUUGAACAAAUAGCCCUUACUGUUGGUCAGUUGAGUUCGAAGAGUUGGUCCCACCCUAUUAAAACACGUCAAGGUUUUCAUACUGUGCUUAGCACACACUGUUGGAACGGGUUUAAGGAAAGACGGCAAAGAAUUGAUCUACAGUUUGGAACUGGGUCUGGAAUUUCUGUAAAAACAAGAGUCAAGAGGGUUUAAAUUUGAAAGUUUAAACCAAAGCUGCUUCUGUGAAUAAUCUAGUGCCUGUGAGAGCCCUUCAAAACCAUGGCUACACAAAGACAGGAAGUAUUUGUAUUAUUGGAUCUCAGGUUUUGGUUCUACCUGCUGAUUUGCUGUGGCAGUUGUCUCACACAGAAGGACUGUACUGGUGUGAAUUGCCCUUUGCUCGAAAACUGCAUUGAAGAGGUGUUGCAGCCUGGGGCAUGUUGUGCUUCUUGCAUACAAUAUGGUUGUGAAUGUGAAGGCUACCAGUAUUAUGACUGUGUUAAUGGUGGCUUCAAGGAUGGGAAAGUACCUGAAGGAUCAUCAUAUUUUGUUGAUUUUGGAAGUACAGAGUGUGCAUGUCCUAGUGGAGGAGGCAAGAUAAGUUGUUAUUUCAUUCCUUGCCCUGAGCUUCCUCAGAAUUGCAUUGACGUUAUGGAACCAGUUGAGGGCUGCCAACAAUGUGCCAAAGUGGGAUGUCUUCAUAAUGGUCAGAAAUACACAGCAGGGCACACGUUCCACAUGCCACCAUGUAAAGUCUGCCAUUGUCCAAAUGCUGGUGGUGAAUUAAUGUGCUAUGCUCUUCCACACUGUGACGCAACUCAAGAGGUGAAGACUGUCUACCCAAUAAUUAAUGAUAACGAAGAGUCAAUGCGGCAUUAUGAUGAUCAUUAUAGCUAUGACCAAGAGCCUCUAGACAAUGAGCACUUUCUUAAGGAAUCUUCUAAACAGUCCAAAGAGUAUGUACUAUUUAAUAGCAGGCAACAAAAGUCUGUGAGUAAGAGUUUAGAUAUUGAUGAAGAGGGAAAUGAAGACAAUGAUUACAAAGAAAACUAUGUGGUUCCAAAUAAUUCCCAUGUUUUAACCUAUACUACAAAGAUACCAGAUACAGUCAGUGCAACUACAAUGGAUACAAUUGCCCAGUUCAUUACAUUUGAGAAGGAAAUGGAAAAUACAAGGGAAGAUGAACUCCAAAGGGAAUGGUUCACAAAGAAGGAAACAUUAGAAGAAAAGACAGAAAAUAAGGAAAAUAAAGAGGAAUCCAGUGACCAUAUGUUUCCAAAAGUUAAAUUUAGUCUCACAAAACAACCUCCUGUUGCUGUUAAGGAAGAUAAUAAUGCAGUACCAAACAAACAGCCACAAACACUUUACUAUUAUCCUUUUGAUGAAGAGGAGGACAAUAAUAACAUUAAAUUAAACCCAGAUUUCGAUGAAGCAGGAAAUGUAGGACAUAACAUCAGUUACCAGCUUGUACAGACUAUUCGCCCUAGUGAUCCAACGCACACCAGUGUGACCCUCCUCCCCAGAGCAAGUCAAGGUGUAAAUCCUUCAACAGGAAAUGCUUUGGAUGAAGAGGCCAACCACUCCAGGGAUCACCUAGGUUCUUCCAGAUUCACAACUGCUGCCACAACGUUGGGAUCCACAACCCCAGCUACAUCCUCCCCAGCUCCAUCGCAGCAUCUCAACUAUUCCAGCACCAACUCAGAGAAACCCACUCACAAAGAAGUAGCUGAUGUGAUUGAAAGUUGCUGUGCUACUGGGCAGCAAUGGGCUGCAAAUAAUGGCCAGUGCUUUGAUAUUCCAGUGAAGAGUUUGGACUCUGUUACCUGCAGAAUCGCACAAAAACAGUGCUGCAUCUCGUAUAUGGAGGAGCACAGCUGCUUAAUUGGCAUGAACUUUGCAAAAGAAAAUGAAGACUGCUACACAAACCCACAUGAUGCUUGUGGAGCAGACAUAUACAAGAAAUGCUGUGACUGCUGUACAUUAGGAAUUACAUUUCGGAGCCAGUACGGAAUAUGUGAAGAAAAGCCAAGUCUCGGCUAUCCUUGCAGUCAGGCAUUUUUAAGCUGUUGUGAGGGAGCUGAAGAUAUUACUCAUCUGCCAGUACGAAGAUGGCUCAAACCAAGGCCUCUACCGGAGACAGCUCCUGUUCCUGACCAAGUUUUAGAAACAGAAAGUCUUAAAGAAGCUCAUUCUGUGCAUGAAGAGGCUACGUUCAACUACAUAACUGAUAGUGAAUUAAAUGAAUGUUCGCUGUACCCUGGACAAUUGUGCCAGCAUUUCUGUAUGAAAACAGCAGAAUCCUAUGAGUGCAUGUGUUUCCCAGGAUAUAUUCUACAAGAAGAUGGGCACUCCUGCAAGUCAGAGUAUGAAGAUGAGGAAAACAGUUUCACUGAAGCAAAGACUACUCAAGUAACACAAACUGGAACAUCUGUUAAAAUGGAUCGCUGUAAAGAUGCUAGUCCAUGCGUGCACCGUUGCACACAGAUUGGAGAAAACACUAUUUGUUCCUGUUUCUCUGGUUAUAGACUGAUGGCUGAUCAGUUUUCAUGCGAAGAUGUGAAUGAAUGCAUAAUGGAGUCACACAACUGUUCAAGAGAAGAAUCCUGUGUGAAUACUCAGGGAUCGUUCCACUGUGUCCCUGCAAAGAUCUGUGAGAAUGGCUUUAUUCGAAAUGCAAAUGACAAAUGUGUCGACAUUAAUGAGUGUUUGUUGGCGACCCAGUACUGCAAAUUUGGGGAAACCUGUAUUAAUACAGUUGGUUCCUUUAGAUGCCAGAAAACAAUUACUUGUGGAGCAGGCUAUGAACAAGUGGAUGAUCACUGCCAAGAUAUCAAUGAAUGUGAGCGAGGCAAUCACAACUGUGCAGUAAAUUAUGAAUGUCAGAACACUCCAGGGUCAUUCCGUUGUCAUCUAAAAAUGCGUUGCUCUGAGGGAUUUCUGCAGGAUUCACAAGGCAUCUGCCAUGACAUUAAUGAAUGCACUACUAUAGCUCAGCCUUGCAAACCUGGGUUCAAUUGCAUAAAUACUAUUGGAUCUUACACAUGCAAAAGAACUGUCAUCACAUGUGGAAGGGGUUAUCAUGCUAGUCCUGAUGGUAGUCAUUGUGUUGAUGUUGAUGAAUGUCAGAGCGGAGUGCAUCGAUGUGGCGAAGGACAAGUCUGUCAGAAUAUACCUGGGAGCUAUCGCUGUGAUUGCAAGAGUGGCUAUCAGUACAAUGCGCUCAGCAGAACAUGCAUUGAUGUUAAUGAAUGUUGGCGCUAUCCAGGUCGACUGUGUGCACAUACUUGUGAGAAUACUCCUGGGUCCUAUUACUGUACCUGCAGCUCUGGCUUCAAGCUAGCCCUUGAUGGCAAGAAUUGUGAAGAUAUAAAUGAAUGUGAGAACAAUAUAUGUGGGCAGGAAUGUGCCAAUAUUUAUGGGUCCUACCAGUGUUACUGCAGACAAGGUUACCAACUCACUGAACUAGAUGGGCAUUCCUGUGAAGACAUUAAUGAGUGUGCGCAAAGUGGAAGCACCCUCUGUACAUUCCGCUGUGUGAAUAUCCCUGGCAGUUAUAACUGUGCCUGCCCUGAGUUCGGUUAUACAAUGUCGCCAAAUGGAAGAACGUGUAGAGACAUUGAUGAAUGUGCAAUAGGAACACACAACUGCACAUCAACUGAGACCUGUUUCAACAUCCAAGGUGGAUUCAGAUGCCCUGUUGUGGAUUGCCCACCAAACUAUAGGAAAGUGUCUGAUAUGCGCUGUGAACGCAUGAUGUGUCCCAACUACAUGGAUUGCCAGAAUAUGCCAGUCAGAAUCACCUACUAUCAGCUGACGUUUUCAACCAAUGUCCAAGUUCCAAGCACCAUUUUCCGGAUUGCUCCAUCACCUGUGUAUAUAGGAGAUAGCAUUAUCCUGACCAUCACGAAAGGAAAUAACGAAAAUUACUUCAAUACACGGAAGGUGAAUGCUUAUACUGGGAUUGUGUAUGUGCAGCGGCAGUUCAUGGAAUCCAAAGAUUUUCUACUUGAUGUUGAAAUGAAACUCUGGCGUCAGGGAAUGUUCACUUCAUUCCUUGCUAAAAUUUAUGUAUUUGUUGCAGCUUAUCCUUUCUAAAGCAAUCACUGCGUCUGUUGUAAAUACUAUAACUUUAUGGCUCGACACUAAUAUGCCCACAAGGCCAAUAUACAUAUUGGGAGGACUUUUGCGUUCGAAGUCCAUGGAAGUGAAGCUCUAGCAACCAGAUCAAUAUUAUCUGUUACACAUUCAUCCAAAGUCAAAUUCCAAUGAAUCUAAAGUCAGCGUUGAAAUUUUACUCACUGUAUGUUUCAUUCCUGUCAACCAAAUGAUAUAAUUGUAUUUGUAAAGUGAUUUUAUCAAACUGUGUCUAUGUGUGGAGCACAGCCUAUCUGAAUCACAUCACUAGCUCCAUGGGUGCCUAGCCAUUAUGGUAAAUGGGAUAAGUCUUACAGUAGAGGUUUCACAAUCCUAUGUAUAUUAAUUUUAAAUUCUUUACCAAGAUAAUUAUUAAAAGUGGCAUAUUUUAAACAAAACACAUUGAAAUGAGUCAUCAUCUGUGUGGGGGCCUAGCAUGACAAAUAAAAGUAUCUCUUCCAACACCAUUAAAAAAAGGAAAAAGGGCAUUUUUGAUAAAGACUAUGGCUAUGAAAGUAUCUUGGGCUGCAGGGCAAAACAGCAAAAGUAGUGGGUGCCUGUAUUAGGAGGGACUCAAAACAGGUUGCUAAUUUGCUGCUGCACUAUUGACCAAAAUAACUGUUAAUCUUAAUGUUUCUGAGGUGGCACCUGCAAGGAGGAUGUGUUCAUGUGGAAUUAUCUCCUAAGGCCUUAAGUUCAUUGACUGGUUACAUACCCUACAUGGCUUUAGUAGCUGAAUUCAAUUUCUUUUUAUACUAUUCUAGGCAACUGUAAUUUUAAAUAGAUUUCUGGUCUUCAAGGGGCUUUAGAACUUAUUGUACUGCAGAUCACGUAAAGAUGUUGAAAUAAAUUGGCUGUGCAAGUAUCAGUAACAUUUUGCACAAAACCACAAUGUUUCAAUGAAAAUAUAAACUGGAAUGGAUUUGGAUUUUCAUUUUACUAAAACUAGCUUUAUAAAAUAACCAUGAUUCUGGUGCUAUAAAAAAUGUUUUCUUGUCUCAGCCAUUGUUUCAUGCCUUAUUAAGCACAGCUAAUAUUUACUUAAAAUGUACAGCAAAUCUAAAAGCUAAAAUGUUUACACAUUUUUGAAAUAUGUAAUUUUGGAACUUGAGACUGUUUGUUGUCAUAUGAAAGUUUGUCUGUGUUGCUAACCCUCAAAGGGUUAAACAUGUUGCCACCGUUAGCCAUGUAGACAUGUAAUGACCUUUUAAUAAACAGGGACAUAGAUUUCAAAUAUAAAAUAAAGUGAGUCUUUAUAUAAA